CCCAACACCCUUUUCUACAUUUUGUCUCUCUGUCUCUUGUCGGAAAAUGGUGUCGAAGAUUUUCAAAAAAUCUCCGGUGAAGUCCAUCAAGGACCGACGAAACAAAAGAUGGAAGAAAACAUCGCCCAUCAAAUCCGCCACCACAUUAUCCUCCAUCGUCUCCGCCUCGAUUAACACCUGUCACCGUCGCAUAGUCAAGAUCUUCUCCAAACUAAGUCACAUCGGCGGCGGAACUCCGGCAAAGAAAAGCCCUAAAAAGCACGGCUACAAAGUCCUUCCCCAAAUCUCCAGCGACAUAGAUUUCCCCUGUCGUACCCUUAACUUCUGUCGUCUCCCCUUACCAAAAUCUGAAAAAAGAACAAUCUUUCUCGAUCUAGACGAAACCCUUAUCCAUUCCACAUCACAUCUACCGAAUCACAUCUUCGAUUUCAUCGUACGUCCUAUAAUCAACGGUGUACAAGUGAAGUUCUACGUUUCUAAACGUCCGUUCGUGGAUGAAUUACUCGAAACCCUGAGUCAGAAAUUUGAAUUGGUAAUAUUCACGGCGGGUUUAGAAGAAUACGCAUCUCUGGUUCUAGAU